CUCACCGCCGCCGUCGAUGCCCCAGAAUACCAUUCAGUCGACCUUUAUCUCAACCAGGUCGACCUGACGAGACAAUUGUUCGGAAUUGAAUUUAGGGCACAACACUUGGACUUACGUACUUGCGAGACGAUGAUGCAUGAUGAGAGACUACAUCACGAUUUGGGUGAACUCAUGAAAGUGUUGAAAGCCACACAAGAGAAGCUGGUGGUGUCUCAAAAACAA